AACUAAACUCUCACAAAUUCUGUCAUGAAAAAGUGAUAAAACUUGCUACAAAAACAUCCGAUUUCACUCACAAUCACACGAAACAAAUUAGUGAUAUUUUGCUCAAAAUGUACAGGGUUCUCAUAAGAGAAUGCAUACUAGGGUUCCUCUUCUGGUCGUUGUUCCAAGGCCUCCCCCAACUUAUCUGGUUCUUCCCAAUGAACUCUCUGGAACUCUCUGGCUAUGAAGCUUACGCUCUCAUAUGGUGCAUGCCAGUUGUCCUUCGUAUCCCUGGCGUGUGGAAUUUCGCUGAUCAAUAUUCCGUCAAAUCCGCCCUGAGAUUAACCUCACUGGCAUCAUUUGCUUCCUUCCAAGUUUCUGAGACGCUGGAGCGUUUGAUCAUUCUGGCUGGUGGUAACGGUGCUGCACUGACUGUGUUCGCCCUGACAUUAUGGAGCAAGUCGGAGUACCAAAGGAGCCUGACAUUCUGGGGUCUGAUAAUGGGCUUCUUUGCAACCUUAGCCGGGAGAGUGUGGUACACAACCCUUAUGCCUCCGUGGUGGAGCGUCACUUCCAACAACGUCGUCAUUGCCAUCGGACUCAUUGCUACCAUUGAUAAGAUUGCCUCAGGUGAUGACACUGUGAUGGAGGAGAAACCAAUUGUGAUCACUCGUAAACCGUCGUGGCUGCUGACCAGUUUGGGAUUCGGAAGUCUCAUCUACCUAACGCACAUGUGUUUCGCCGAGGUGUCCAUUAUUACAAGGUGGGCUGUGUCAAGUUAUCCAGACACUGGUCCUUUACCUUAUCCAUGGGGGGCUGUGGUGUUUGUGUCCCUUGUGAUAGGAAUCUCCAUCGUUCCAUCUUCAUUUGGUGGUAGCGCCAUCUGGUGGCUAGUUGGAACACUUGCCUUCUUCAGCAUGUACUACUUCAACACCUGGACAUCCUUUGCUGCUGGAAAUAUUCUUGCCAUCUACACCAUGUCCAUCUGGCCCGAGAUGAUGGACCGUGUCAGUCAUUGCCCUCCGAUACGAACUAUCGCCCUCUCUUUCGUUUUCUAUCUUGCCGAGAUCUUCUUGAUGGUUUGGACGGUGGCGUAUAAUUUCGUCCCCGGUGGUGUGUACACGCGAGAGCGUACAGACUACCUUAUUGCUGUGAUAAUGGUCUCACUUGGACUUGGCCUGCUGACUUCAACAGGCAAGGAUGUGUCUUCGAAUGUGUCAUAUAUCAAAACCAAGCAAGGUUAUUUGGCCCACAAAGCAAAAAUGGUGAUAUUUUUCUGCCUGCUGAUCGGGCUUGCUGGAUUUGUCGCACGGAUUGGAAAACAAAAGAAAGUCACUCCAGUGAGAGAUUUUCCCAAGAAAGAUUUCACUGCGCUGAUUUGGACGUAUCAUUUUGGUUAUGAUAACAAGGGAUGGUUCAGCUUAGAGCGGAGUGCAAAAAUGCUGGAAAAUACUGGUGCUGAUUUUAUUACCCUCCUCGAGAGUGAUGCAUCCAAACCGUUCCAUGGAAAUCACGAUAUAGCAAUGUGGCUUGGGGAGAGACUCGGCAUGUAUCAUGACUUUGGACCAUCGACCAAGGCCCACACCUGGGGCAAUCUAAUCCUCUCCAAGUACCCCAUUGUGAAAUCCCAGCAUCAUUUAUUGCCCUCUCCGCAUGGUGAGCUAGCUCCGGCCGUCACUGCGACUGUGAACAUCUCGGGCAGCUUGGUGGACUUCGUCACCACUCAUAUGGGCAACGACAGGGACAUCCUGGAUCGUAAACUACAGUCAAUACGGCUCUCCAAGUUCACUGCGAACAGUGAAAAUCCUGUUGUUUUCCUUGGUUAUGUCACAUCCAAGCCAUUCACUGAAAAUUACGUACGCUUCGUCAGCGAGGGGAGGAUGAUUGAUAUUGACGAGACGGAUACACAGAGAUUCUGUGAAUACAUCUUCUUUAGGGGACUGCAGAGGCUUGGCUAUGCAAGAAUAUCCCAUGGUGGACUGAGCGAUACAGAGGUCCAGAUGGCGCGCUUCCGAAUCCCUGAAAAUCCUGGAGUUUUUGAAGACCAUAAAAAGCUCACAAUCAAUGCAGAUGAUGUGCCAGUUGAGCAACAAUUCAGUAAAGCAUUUGGUCCAUAUCUACCCGGGCACUCCCACUCGGAUGAUCACAGAUAUCAUAUGAGCACUCCAAAGUAUUUCUUACCCUGAGAUGGGGGAGAAGCGAGUCAUUUUUAGUGGGAAGCACUGAUGAAGGAGGGAGGAAUGAUAUGUAAUCUAGAAGUGACAAAGUUACAAUUACAUGCACAAAUAGAUUAGAAAGAUUAGCAUAAUUAACUUCAGUUAUAAUUUUUCGUUUGGCAAUAGAAAUUAGAUUCGAUGAUGUAAUUAGUACGAAGAGGAUUAGCAUAAUUGUUAGUCCCAUAAUUUAUUUGUUAUUAAAAGACUUUAGUCUAUUUGUUACGCUCCAUUUUCACUCCAAGGACAUUUGAAAAUAGGACUGAUCAAUAAAAGGUAAAUAAUCUUGAGGUGGUCCAUGGCGUGCUACAUCAAAAUGUCAACAUUUCAAUUUUGAUUUUGAAUAUGACAGACAUUUUUUCAAAAACAUGCCUGUCAUAUUUGAUUUUAAAAUCAAUGUAUUUCAAGGAAAAGUGUAUCAAAAACAAUAAUGUAGAGUGUGCUGCAAAUUGUUAUUUUACAUUAAAUGUUACUUUAUUUAGUAUAUAUGAGAGCCAUAUUUAAAAGAGUUUCUAUUUACACAUGUUUUGAAUACAUUCCUGUACUUUGUUGAGAUGCUUUCAAGUUUUGUUAAUAUUUUACAACAAAAUUCUGUUAAGAACAAUGUGUAGGCCUGAGGUAAUUGGUUGUGCAGUCUUAAUAAUUCUGUAUCUUUAAGAAAAAAUCUAUUUUAUUUUAUUUUUCUGCUGAUGCAGCAUAGGAUUAAUUGACCAACAUUACAGAUGGAGGGCUGUUGAUGUAUUGACGUUUACUUGAUAGGCUUAUUUCAUGUGACUAGACAGGAAUUUAUUGUCGAAAACUUCCAAGAAUAUUCAAUUUGUGCUCAUGUUAUGUUUUCUUUGAAUGUUCUUUUAACCUGCAUUGCAUGUAAAGCGUGGCAAAGUGGUUGUUGAAUUGGCCGGUUUAGUUGCCUUGAGAGAAUUGUUGGGUCUGUGACUGCACCAUUUAGAAUACUAGUUGAAUUGGCCGGUUUAGUUGCCAUGAGAAAAUUGUUGGGUCUGUGACUGCACCAUUUAGAAUACUAGUUCUAUAGCUGCAAAUAGAUACACCAGUAAAAUGAUUUAUAAUUAUUGUGCUUCAUGCUUAGAGUAAAAAUCAAAACUAACAAAUAGCUUGUUGUAUUAUCCAUUGUCACUGUAUGGAGCACCUUUUAAAGGGUAACUCGUGUCAGAUUUCACCAUGUAAUGUUUUAGCUGUUUUUGACAGAUGACUACGUCACUUUCUCAUAAAUUGGUAAGGUUUUCGAUUCGAAAUGCACCUUUUCUAGAAAUUGAUGGUUUAAUCCCGCCCGGACGGCUCGCUUCGAUGCCGUUUUCGUUGAUGACGUCACAACAUGAACAUUUUCGCGGUCGCGGUGGUUUACAUUCAGCGAUUUUAUGAUAAAUCUAAUCAAAAAUGGAAAAUUUGAGCUUUACAUUUGUGAUCAACAAUUAUAAAGGGAUGUAUUUCCACAAAGUUGUAAAUCACAUCAUAGUAUCACUUCAAUAUAAGAUGUGUUCACAUGCCUGAUAUAACGUAGCUCACUUGGCAAUACAUGUUUAGAGAUGUUCCCGUAAAACGGGCAGAAAGUAGAUUGCUUGUCAGCUGUAUCUCUUCCAAUCAUAUAUGGUCAUCUGUCUUCAGUAUGGCUGAAUUACUCCAUUUCCAUGUACAACUUCAAUUCCAUGAUGUGCAAUCUAUUUUGGAAUUGGCUGUUACUUUUUGAAGCACCCUGUUGUACUUGGUAUAUUCACAAUAUAUCAAUUUUAGAGGCUUAUUGUCAUUUUGACACCACCAGAAUUGUUAAUAAACUUUAUACACUUUUUGCUUGAA